AUGGGCCAGUUCAUGACGAUAAACCUGCCCAAGUUUACUGGUACCAAGGUAGAAGAGGAUCCACAAGAGCUUGUGGAUGAGAUAGAGAACAUAUUUAAGGUGAUGUAUGUAAAUGGGGUAGAGGGGGUUGAAUUAGCAGCUUACUAUCUUAAGGAUACAGUAGACCAAUUGUAUAAUGAGUGGGAAUAUUCAAAGAGUGAGCAUGCUGAGCAUACAGUUUGGGCCAAGUUCGAGAAAGUCUUUGUCAAUCGGUUCUUUCGUCUCGAGUUGAGGAUGGCCAAAGACGAAGAGUUUAAAAAUUUAAAGCAGGGAAAGAUAAGUGGACAGCCAGGCCAUAUUCAGAGAGAAUGUCCGGUAGCAAAGGGUAAUGUUGGUGGAGCCAAGUCAGAGGCUAAUUCUUCUGCACCACCACCGCCUCAGAAAGGUGCCACUUCAGCCGCUGGAAAAGGCUGCAACCGGUUGUACGCCUUAAAAAACCGCCAAGAGGUAGAGGCCUCACCGAAUAUAUUUACUGGUAUGUUGCAAAUCUUUUUUGGUGAUAUUUAUGUGUUACUUGAUCUCAGGUCUACCCUGUCAUAUAUGACCCCUUAUGUGGCUGUUGGUUUUGGGUUUAAACCCGAUGUGAUUGUUGAGGCCUUUUCUGUUUCCACUCUAGUGGGGGAUUAUGUGGUGGCUAUGAGGGUGUAUAGAAAUUGUGUGGUGACUAUUUGUGGCUGA